AGGCAUGAUUAUUUUAGAGAAGUUGGUGACAAUGAUUAUAAUAUAUUUUUAUUCACACUCACUCAAGCCUUGCUUCAUUUUCUAAGAGUGCUUUAAAGCAUUUCAUCUGAAUGAUACUUUGUCCUUAAACUUGAUUCUAUGAUGAGCAUCUCGUUCAUUUUACAGUGGUUUUCGCUUGUUUUAGUCACAUAUGGUAAUUUUCUUUGAAAUACUGAGGGCUCCUGAGGCUUGCUUUUCUGGGAUGACUAGAGUAAGAUUGGCUUUAUUUUUACGAGUGUAUUUAGAUGCAGAAAUUCUUUUUCUUGAACUCCAGGUGACCUACAAAGGAAUGCUGGUUAGGGGUGGAGACUGAACUCCUAGAUCCUAUUAAAGACCCGGUCGGACUCAGCUCCCACAGAGAGAAGCUGUGCUCAGAGCAGACAAGACUUCACCUGGAAGUCUCCAGAGCAGAUACAUCCUGAUUAUUGAAGAGCAGAUUGUGUACUGAAGGCUCCUGAUCGCCCCUGUCUCGGCACAGUUUACUGCUAAGAAGUAACCUUCAGGGACCAUGGCCAGAAGUCUGCAAGAGGUGGCGACCUGUCCAAUUUGUCUAGAAUUUUUCUACAAGCCCUUUUCUCUCUCCUGUAUGCACACUUUCUGCUUUGAUUGCAUAAAAAAUUGGAGGCUAGAAAGGAAGAAUCAGAAAUUGAUCUGCCCCAUGUGUCGACAAGUAAAUAAGAAAGGCCUUUUGGAGCAAUGGCAAAUUAGGGGACUAACGCUUCUCGUCCAACAGCACAGUUCCCUGCUGGAGCUGAGUCUGCACAUGAGUGAAGAGUUCCUGAGGUUCCAGAAGGAUGUGACCCUGGAUGCAGUCACAGCCAACUCCCACCUAGUCGUCUCUGAUGACCUAAAGCAUGUCUGGUGUGGAAAGAUCUGCCACAACCCGAUGAUAGAUCCCCAGAGAUUCACCUACCUGCCCUGUAUCCUGGGCACCCCUUGCUUCUCCUCUGGCCGCCAUUACUGGGAGGUAGAGGUGGGAGAGGGGAAGGAGUGGGCUCUGGGGGUCUGCAAAGAAUCAGUGGACAGAAAGAGGAAAAGCGGUUUCUCUUCUGAGCAUGGCUUCUGGAUCAUCAGCAUGAAUGCAGGAGCAAUCUAUGCCAGCUCCAUCCCAGAAACCAGAAUUCCUGCAAGCUCUGGCCUUAACCGUGUAGGAAUUUUUCUAGAUGUUGAGAUGGAAGAAAUCAAGUUUUUUGAUGUCAGAAAUGAUGCCCUCAUUUAUGUACACAGUCCUCUCACCUGUUUGGAGCCAUUGCGUCCAUUCUUCUGUCCCGAGUCGCCUGGAGAAGGUGACAGAGGUGCCCCCCUGAGCAUCUGCCCAUGAGAAAUUCAGCCCUUUCUAGAAGCUUUAUGAGAGGUGAAUGAAAAUUUUGACCUGAGAAAGGUCCGAAUGACCAAGGAAGAGACAAUGCGCUAUAGUAGAAAGAUUUUGUAGAUUUUUUAUAGAUUUUGUAGACUUUGUAGCUAAGCAAUUUUCAUUGAUUUUUUUGGGUAUAUGUUGUAGACUUUGUAGCUAAAUAUCUAUGAGGUUUUAGGGGGUGUUAUUAAGCAUUCUAAGCCUCAGUUUCCUAGUCUUGAAGUGGGAAUAAUCAUCUCUCUCAGCUAAAUAGCUGUGAUGAUCAGAGACAAUACUGUGCAUUUAUUUUGUAGUAAAUACAAAUGGGGAAUUUUAGAUUGUAAGUUAAAUAGAUUAUUAGAUUUUUUUGGAUAAAAACAAUGUCUUUUUCAUUAUUUUAUGCCUUUUCUAUAGUAUAAUUCCUGGUAACAAUGGCUGUCUAGGGAAAAAGAAGAAGGAAACAGCCAGUGUGAGGUAUUUUGACAUGAAAUUUCAGGGAGAGAGACAAAGACACUGGGAAAGAACUAAGCUUCUCAUUUUUAUGUUCUUGAAAGACAAAGAACGUUGACUGAGAUGUAUAUUGUUAAUGGUGAUUCAUGUUUGUUCUAAUGGGAAUUGGCCUUUGCGCAUUUCAAUAAUUGGCCUGUUGUGUGGUUGUCAAAGUGGUAUAGUAUAUGUGAUAGGCAAAGAUGCCAAUGGGCUCAAUCAGAGAAUGUCAAGUUUCUACGAUUCUGAACCUUCUGGAGUCAGUUACCUAAGGAGGGAAAUUACUGUUUUGAAGACUGGAUCCCUGUCCUUCUGCCCACCAGGUGCAGUUAUGCAUGCGGAACCCCUGUGUGUUCUAACUGAGAUGAAAGCACAUCUUCCAGCAAGUCCUUCAGGCCAUCACUGCUGAUUUUUGAUUUGUAGGAAUUCUGAUUAACCGUGUUAACUUGUUAACAUAUAUUCACCAAAAAUUGUUUUCCAGAUUUCUUUUGAAUUUGUUAUUUUUUAGUGUUAGAAUUUUACAUUUUCUUGCAAUUAAAUAUGUAAACAUUUGAUGA